CACACAAAAAGAAAUAAAACUGUAUCCUCUGGAAAAAGAUCCAAGAAAAGUUAUUCUUAAAGAAAAAAAAACAGCUAAUGGCUUCGCAAUGGACAAUACAAAAACUUGUCACUUGGAGAGUCAAAGAUUGGGCUACCUGUUUCUUGGCUUCCAAGAUUCCUAUAGACAUAGAUGAAGAUGGAGUCAAUAAUACCGGAAACACAAUGAACAACAACAAUGUAAUGUUCAAGAGAACAAAGAGGAAGAUGAAGAGUAAAAAGAAGAGAUCAGAGAGUAAACUCAGUCUAAGCCCACCAGGGACACGUCAUCAUAAUCUAAGAAGCAGCAGCGUUUCUCCUACGUCGGAGUCUCAGAACCGGAGGUUGAGUUGGCAGCAGCAGGCACCGGCCUCAGACGAACCUGGCUUCAUUGUCUUCUGCUUCGACCGUGAUGACGGUGGGUUUGACGUUGUCAAAGAGGGGAAAGAAGAGAGGAAGGAGGUGGAAUUGUCCUCGGAAAAGUCACCAAGGACAGUGAAUCGUAAGCUUAUAUAUGGAGACCAAGGGGAAGUAAAAACAGAGAAGGUUAACUCGCCGGAGAUUAAAGAGAAAGAACAAGAUCAGGAAGCUAAGACUAUUUGCCAAGAAAUUAAAGAUGUUUCAUGUGAUGUUCAUGAUCAGAAGAAUGAGGAAGAAGAAGUUGAUGCCUCUGAUAAAUCCAGCGGGUCUAGUCACUCAGACGAAAGAAGGGGAUCGUUUGCAUUUCCCGUACUGGGAGUUGAGUGGAUGGGGAGCCCUGUCCAGAUGCCUAAAACAGAUGACUUGUCUCCGAAGAAACAAAAGCCAAUUGCUUUAGGGUUUCAGUGUUGUAGAUUCUAAAAA